GUAGUUAAAUGAGUUAGGAUUCAAUUGUUUCAAAAACAUUUUCAUCUUUGCGACAAAAUCCAAAAUUUUAUAAAUCCAUGACUUUUUUACCGCCAAAAUUAUAAGUUUAUGACUAACAAUUCAUGUUCAGUUGGAAAUUUUCAACUAUGUUUUCGAAUCUACUCGAAUGUAAAAAGCAUAUAAAAGAACUUCUUUAUUAUGUAUUUUCACUAUGAGGUUAGAACUUAGAAAUAUAACUCUCGGUAAGCAUGUUUUGUGUGUUUCACAAAAAAAGAGUGUUUUCAAAAAAAAAAAAAAAAAGGUAAGCAUGUUUUGUUCAACAUGCAUGAUAAAAAUAAUAAAAAAUAUAUAUUAUUGGUCCUCACUCACAUUGGUUCAACAAGGCUCUCCUAUAUUAAACCUGUGUCUCUCCUCAUUAUCUAUACACUUCUCAAUAAUUAUUGUCACCUAAAAACUGAGUUCUAUUCUCUUGUUGUUUAUCCAUCAUGGGAAAGGUGCCUGCGACGGAGGCGUUCGGAUUGGCCGCGAAAGACGAAUCCGGAGUUCUCUCGCCUUUCCGUUUCUCAAGAAGGGAGACGGGAGAGAAGGAUGUGAGGUUAAAAGUGUUGUUCUGUGGAAUUUGCCACACUGAUGUAUGUAUGGCCAGAAACGAGUGGGGAUUUACUACUUACCCUCUCGUCCCCGGGCAUGAGAUUGUUGGCGUGGUGACUGAAGUCGGAGCUAAAGUGAUUAAAUUCAAAGCCGGAGACAAAGUCGGAGUUGGUUAUAUGCUCAGCUCGUGCCGGUCAUGUGACAUCUGCACCGAUGACCAAGAGAACCACUGUCCAAAAAUGAUUAUGACGUCCGGAGGAAAGUACUACGAUGACACCAUGACUUAUGGUGGUUACUCUGACCACCUGGUUUGUGAAGAGGAUUACAUCAUCCGUAUUCCUGAAAAUCUCCCGUUAGACGCUGCCGCGCCGCUACUCUGCGCUGGGGUCACGGUUUAUUCACCGUUGAAGUCUCACGGACUCGACAAGCCCGGAAUCCACAUUGGUGUGGUGGGACUAGGCGGUUUAGGUCACGUAGCAGUGAAAUUUGCCAAGGCUAUGGGUACUAAGGUUACGGUUAUUAGUUCGUCAGAUGGUAAGAGAGACGAGGCGAUUAAUCGGCUUGGUGCGGAUCUGUUCUUGGUGAGCCGUGACCCGGAAGAGAUGAAGGAUGCAAUGGGGACUAUGGAUGGUAUUAUUGAUACAGUAUCUGCCACUCAUCCGCUUCUUCCGCUUCUUGGUUUGCUAAAAUAUAAGGGAAAAUUUAUUAUGGUUGGUGCACCCGAUAAACCACUUGACCUUCCAGCUUUACCGCUCAUCUUAGGGAAGAAGAUGGUGGUGGGAAGUAUGACAGGAGGGAUAAAAGAGUCUCAAGAGAUGGUUGAUUUUGCCGGUAAACACAACAUAACGGCAGAUAUUGAGCUUAUCUCUGCGGAUUAUGUCAACAUGGCUAUGGAACGGCUAGAAAAGGGGGAUGUUAGAUACCGUUUUGUGAUUGAUGUUGCCAACACAAUGAAGCCUACUCCUUAGUUACAAAGCUUUAAAACUUAAUUAAUUUCCUGAAAACGUCUUUUUCUUGUUUAUUUUGUCGUAAUAAGUUCCGAGUUGUUUGUUGAAGGCUUCGUCUGUAUCACCACUGUAUUUUUCAACUGAAUCAACUUGAAUAUUAUCA